UUUGUCUUAUCGACAUGAGCUUUUUUUCUCCCUUAUUUUUUGUCUCGUUGAUCCUUCUGGUUUCUAGCUCUAGGCUUGUAUUCCAACAGAACGAGCAUGGUUGAUAAAGGCGUUGCUUUUUUGGGAUUUUUCUUAUUCAUCAAUUGUUGCUUUAACAUGGCGCGGAUCAUUACUUGUUUAGUUUUUUUAAGCUCUCUGUUUAGAAGAAAUCAGCAUGCUUUGAAUUAAAUUUUGCUUCUUUGAUUAUUCAUUUCUCCCUUUUGGCCACCUCUCAUCUUAAAACUAACGUAUUAAAUGAUGGAGGAUGAUGAUGAAGACGACCUAUGAAUUAUGAUCUCUCUCUCUCUCUAUUUUUCAUGUGGAUUCAUAAGUUGACUUGUAUCAUGGUAAAAGAUAAAAGUGAUAUAAGGCCUGUUUUAAUCAAAUUUGGGGUGGCUUUAGUACUCUCUUCUGCUGGAUUUCUCCUUGCACGCUUGAAAAUCAACUGGAAUAAGUCUUCCCAGCUUCCUUGCUCCCCACGCUCUUCAGAUCAUGGUAGUGAGGUUGACAUUGGGGGGGAAAGAACUCGGCACGGAGACGAUCUUCAAGUGAAGAAUAGAACAUCGAGUUCUGGCAGUGUCGCUUCAAUUUCAGCAGAAAGAUAUGAUGACUCAUGCGUGAUGAAUGUUGCUGUUAAUAAUUCUAAGGUUUUGUCUCCAAGCAGUGUUCACAGUGGGGAUAAAGAUGGGUAUCUCUUGCCUGAAUUCAAUGAUCUUGUGAAGGAAUUGGACUUUACUGCCAAUAAUUCUAAGACAUCUAAGAAAGAAGAAACAAUUAUAUCAGAUGUGGAAACUCCAAGAUCCUCCAAAGGUGUGGAAAAGGUCGAUUAUGAGCAAGAUAUCAGGCAUCUGAAGAACAUAGUCAGAAUGCUUCGAGAGAGGGAAAGAAACCUUGAGGUCCAAAUGCUUGAGUUUUAUGGCCUAAAAGAGCAAGAAGCAGCCGUGAUGGAGUUGCAAAACCGUUUGAAAAUAAACAACAUGGAGGCUAAGUUGUUCGCUCUGAAAAUUGAGUCCUUGAGCGCUGAUAACAGAAGACUGCAAGCUCAAGUGGUUGAUCAUGCGAAAGUUGUUGCCGAGCUUGAUGCUGCCAGGUCAGAACUUGAACUGGUGAAGAAAAAACUAAGGUCUGAAGCAGAGCAGAACAAGGAACAGAUAUUGUCCCUUAAGAAGAGAGUUUCUAGGUUGCAAGAGCAGGAAAUCAAGUCUGCUGAAACUGAUUCAGAUAUUAAAAUGAAGUUGCAAAGGCUGAAGGAUUUGGAGAUUGAGGCAGAAGAGUUGAGGAAAUCUAACUCCAGAUUGCGUCUAGAAAACUCUGAAUUGUUUUCUCAGCUGGAGUCCUCCCAAAUCCUUGCUAAUUCCAUUCUGGAGGAUCCAGAGACAGAAACAUUAAGGAAGCAGGGCAAUCAAUUACGGCAGGAAAAUGAGGCCUUGUCAAAGGAAGUUGAGCAGCUCCAAGCAGACCGGUGUAGUGAUGUUGAAGAAUUAGUCUAUCUUCGAUGGGUAAAUGCUUGCUUGCGAUAUGAAUUGCGCAAUUUUCAGCCCCCUCAUGGUAAAACUGUUGCAAGAGACCUUAGUAAGUCUCUAAGCCCUAGGUCUGAGAUGAAAGCAAAACAGCUCAUACUUGAAUUUGCAAAUACUGAAGGAAUGGCGGAGAAGGGGAUCAACAUAAUGGAGUUUGAACCUGAUCACUGGUCAUCCUCCCAGGCCUCCUAUAUCACAGACGCAGGAGAACUUGAUGAUCCUCUAUCACCAAAAACGAGCUACUCAGGGAAAACCAAAAUGUUCCACAAGCUUAGGAAACUUUUAUUGGGAAAGGAGACUCAUAAUCACAGUCAUGGAUCAUCAGGUGACAGAACUGGAGUGACAGGAGAUUCUGAUUCUCCAAAUGUUAGUUUAAGUGUUUCAACACCAACAGACGCCACAAGUGAUUUGCAAUCUACUGGAGGUCAAACUCCAUCCUUCUAUUCAUCCAGGCAUUCGUUUAGAAAUUCCAUGGAUAUCCAAAGAAUCAGCAGGAGUCUGGAGAACAGUCAGAGAUUUAGGGAGGUAGGAUCGUCUAGUGGGCAUAUGAGAUUUUCAUCAGGUAGAAGUAGCGAUUUGUCACUUGACAAUUUACUGGAUCAGGACUUGCAUUCUAUUGAGAAAUCCGAGAUGGCAAAAUUUGCUGAUGUUUUGAAGGGCUCCGGAGGUAGAGCAGGAAAUGGCAAUAGGAUGGACAAGUUGCACAGAAAAUCAGUAUCAAUCGGCUCAUUUGAGGCUUUCCGUAGCUCCUCUUCGAAAUAAUCCCACCUCAUAACCUCUUCGUUGUACUCUCGAAACCUUAAGCGAAGGAUUUACCAGUCAGUGUAGCUUCUCCAUAGUAUUCACUAAUGACAUCACAGAAAGUAGUUUUUGUGGAAAAAGACGCGUUUUAUAUAUGAUAAAUGUUAAGAGUUGCCAUAUUAAUCUUCAAAAA